UGUUUGUGAAAAAACAGACAAGGAAAUUGUUGGCGUACAAAGACAGGAAAUAAUACAGCCUUGAAUUUCGAAAAUAAAGUGGAGAUAUCUCGUUAUCAGUCACAUAUAUGUACAUUAACAGAGUCUCCUGCGAGGUUUCAGUGCAACACAAACUCAAACAAGAAACUCACGCGCUUUAUUGUUUUCUCGGACACAAAUCGCAUUGAUAUUCAAAUAAAAUGUCCUACGGCGAAGAAGACCAAAGAUGGUUCGACGAGAUGAUGUCGAAGAUUAUCGACAAUCUUGGACCGAACGUCGGGAAAGUUCGAUACGAGUUACUCGAAUCUAGCGGUAAUUUUAUUAUGUCCAACAUGUAUCGUGUACGUUUGCAGUUUGAGAACAAUAGAAAUAGACAGAACGAGGAAUUGUCUAUGAUUCUGAAAAGACCUAUGCCAGGCUUUAGCCAACUAGCUCGCAUUGACCUUCAAUUUCGCAAUGAAAUCUUGUUUUAUCAAAUGUACACCCGACCGGACGAGAACUACGCGAGAUUUUUCUAUGCCGAAGAACGGCCGCCCACCGAUUCGGUAAUUGCUUUGGAAAAUGUCAAUGAACAAGGAUAUUAUUCUUGUCCACAUAUUUACAAUCCUCCAUUAGAAUACACAUUAGCAGCGAUGCGUGAACUGGGACGAUUUCAUGGUAAAGGAUACGUCAUGAAGGAACGGCAGCGAGAAAAGUUCUUUGACAUUGUGUCACAAGUUCAAGAAGUUAGGUACUUAAAGAGACUAAAUAAUUUGUACGAGAUUCACAUGAACAUUAAAGCUACACGACCGAUAGAAUAUCUGCGUAGUCAGGGUUAUGACGCAACUUUCUGUGAUAAAAUGGAAGCACUUCUGUCAAACGCAUUUGACGAAAUAAUGUUGAAGGUAGUGCAGCCCGUGGAACCUUUGGCCACGUUGUGUCACGGUGAUUUUACAUUGAGCAAUCUUCUUUUCAAGAAGAAAGGCGAUGAAAAGUGUCCCCCGAUGCUGAUCGAUUUCGCGCUUAUUCGGUACUCGACACCCAUUAUCGACCUUUCCACGUAUCUUUACCUUUGUUGCUCGAAUGAAGUAAGAAAAGAGAAAUUUUCUGAGAUUAUGCGGACAUACCAUGACGCACUGAAGAAGUAUUUAUUGGACGCUGGCAUUCAAGACAUCGAGAAAUACUCGUACGGCGCUUUGUUGGAUGACUUUAGGAAGGGUGCUCUCUAUGGUUUUGUUAUUAUGUGCAGCUACAUAGCUGUAAUACUCGGAUACAUCAAUCCAGAAGAACUAGUACAAGAAAUAAUAGAUUUGGGCCCUUUGGAAAGUGCAUUAAAGCAGAAAUAUGCCGGUGGAGAUAAAUUAGCUAAAAUAUUAGCUGAUGAGUUGCUACAUUUGAAAGAUCUUGGCUGGCUGAAACAUGUGUUAUAGUUGCGUGAGAUGAUUCGCAAAUGUGCAUAAAAUAUAAUUUAUAUAUUAAUAGUUGUAUACACACACACACACACACACACACACACACACACAC